CCCUCCGUGCCCUUGCCCUCGCGUCGUGCCGCUCUCGCCCAAUCCUCGUUCUCGCGCCCAAAGCUCGCCACCGGCGCUCCUCUCCGGCUAACGAAGCUCACGUUGACGUCUCCUCGGCUCCGGAGGGCCUACCAUUGGCUUCGCAGGGACCGUUCGGUCCGUGCCGGCAUUGUUUCCACGGCCUCCCUUGACUCCAGCGCCUUGCUCUAGCCAAACCUAGCUCGCUCUCACGCUCAGCCACAGUCUGCUCGCUUCCCUCCUUGCUUCACGGCCGCAGCACCCUCCUCGGCUUCAUAUCCCGUCGGCGAAGCCUCCUCCAACGUGCAGACCUCCCACCGGCACUCUACAGACGGCCUUUGCUUCCUUCGCAUGCAGAAAGUAGGGCUGAGAUUAGACCCUCUCCCUUGCAUGCCUCGACGAGCUACUUCUCCACCUCUUCGUCCCUCACUCCCCGGUGGUCGAAAACUUUGUCGGAGUACUUAACCAUUGACAAACAUUGACAGUACCACAGCUUGAAGUGGUGGGGACGUCUUCUCUCUUUGCGAAGAGAGCUUCUUCCUGGAAUUCGCCGAAUGAAGAGCAACCAACGCAACGAUAUCCGCAUCCAUGGUCUUUUUCCCUCCGCCGCUAGUCCCCUAACAUCGUGACGGCGAAGAUGAGAGGAGUCGCGACGGGAGCUCGCCGGUGAAGCCAUUAACGAUAUUGCCUUGUGCGCACGAGAUUUAAAGGCCGGCCUUUUCUACUGUUAGUCAGUUUUUAAAUUAAAUCCUGUAUAAAUCUUGCCACCAAGCAGCCCCUGGCCUUCUAAAUCUUGUUUUCUUCUUCCCCUAAACAGAGAUUUCAGUAGUAUGGAUUGUAGCAAAGAGAAGACUCGUAAGGAGAAGAGAAAGGAAAGCCGCUUGCAUAAGCGACAGAAGCAGUUCACAUCAUGGCUUGGUCAUCAGAUCAGUAAAAGGGAGAAGGCACAAAGGAAAAAGAGACAGCUCCUUGAUUCAAAGCCAAAUUCUAAAGGUAUUGUUGUUGAGAAGAAACAUAUGGGAAGGAACGGCAUUUCAGAAAAUGCUUUCCUUGGUAACAAGACAGUGAAAAAGGUGGAGAGGAGGCCAAAAAGCAAGUUCCAUGAGUACUUGAAGAUGGAGAUGACCAAAGGCGUUAUUAGUGCAGAGGAGGAUCUGGAGAUGGAACGGAGGCUGGAAAAGAAGCUAAAGCUGAAGAAAAGGAAAUUAGGUGGUCUGAAUGAUGUAUUAAAUGUGUUAAUUGAGGGGAUGCCGUCUGAAUUGGGCAGCAAGUUUGAUGAUUUUUCAGUCUCAGAAGAUGAUUAUGAUCAUUAUGGACCAAAAAUUAAAAUAGGUGAAGAGAAGCAUGAGGAGUUAUCUGCAAAGGAUGAUGUUGACAAGAGUGAGAAGGAGGUUAAGAGUGUUGCUAAAGAUAAGAAACAAAAGCUGAUAAAGUCUUCUGAAGCAUUUGUUAAGCAUUUGGAGGAACACUGCUUUGAUGAUAAGACAAUUGAUUCUGCUGAAUAUAAUGAUGGAUCAAAUGUCAAGGAACCUUCUAAUGAGGAACUAAAACCAGAUGUAAGUAUGAAUAGCACAGCCCAUCAUUUAAGAGCGGGCACUAGAUGCGAAUCUGAAGAGUAUGCACAUAUUCGUCGCAGGGUGAGAGGAUUAUUGAAUAAAAUUUCUGAAUCUAACUUGGAAUCAAUUGCAGGAGAAGUGGCCACAAUUUUUCAAUCAGUUACUCGCAAUGUUUGUUCUCAAAUAAUUGGUAUGGAGAUUGUGGCAUCUUGUGUUAUGGGGCCUCGUGGAAAUGAACAGCAUGCAGCCGUCUUUGCAGCUUUUGUUGCUGGCAUGGCCUGCUAUGUUGGAAUUGAUUUCAGUGCAAAGCUAUUAGCUUCUAUUGCUAGAUCAUUUGAGGAUGAAUACCAUAAAGCUGACAGCCUUUCAUUGCGAAAUAUUUCAUUACUACUAUGUCACUUGUACAUUUUUGGUGUUUGUGCUAGUGAUUUAGUUUUUGACCUUCUUGAUGUUUUGAACAAGCGCUUAACAGAGUUAGAUGUGUCAACCAUCUUGACAAUACUACAAUGUUGUGGAAUGAAGCUAAGAGGUGAUGAUCCAACUUCCAUGAAAUAUUUUGUUGUUACAAUCCAGAACAGAGUUAAUGAAAUGAAGUCUGAUUCGAAGUGCAUCAAAGAAGGAGAACCAAAGAUAAAUAGUAAAAGAAUGGAAUUCAUGCUUGAGACCAUAUGUGAUAUAAAGAAUAACAAGAAACGAUCAAAGGAGGAUCCAGCUCAUCAUAUGCGGAUCAAGAAAUGGUUGCAAAAGUUACACAUAGAAGAUGUUCUUCUUCGAGGUCUCACAUGGAGUAAGCUUCUUGAUCCUGAGAAGAAAGGACAAUGGUGGUAUUCAGGUGAAAUCAAUUCUACCACAGUUAAUUUUGAAGAAGUGACAACUACCUCCAACAAGGAUGUACAAGAAGCUAAAAAAUUAGUUCAACUUGCGGCUUCACAAAGGAUGAAUACUGAUGUAAGAAGGGCUAUUUUUUGCAUAAUUAUGAGCGGAGAAGACUACCUUGAUGCUUUUGAGAAGAUUUUGCGACUAGAUUUGUCUGGGAAACAGGAUAGGGAAAUCAUGAGGGUUCUUCUUGACUGCUGCUUGCAAGAGAAGGUGUUCAACAAGUAUUACACAGUUUUAGCUUCCAAAUUUUGUAGCCAUGAUAAAAACCACAAGUUUACUUUGCAGUAUUGCAUAUGGGAUAACUUGAAAGAAAUCGAUUCAAUGGAGAUGAUCCGUUUGAUGAACCUUGCAAGAUUCAUCUCAGAGAUGCUUUCAUCUUUCUCCCUCUCCCUUGCGCUACUUAAGACAGUCGAUCUCAUGAAUCCAUCACAGCUUACACCAAGAAGAAUUAUGCAUUUCAGAAUGCUUUUUGAGGCUCUGUUUGAGAACACUGAUGCCCUUGUGUGGAACAUAUUCUCCCGUGUAUCUGCUGCUCCGGAGCUUGAAACUCUAAGAACUGGCCUUGUCUUCUUCCUUGGUCACCAUGUGGUGACUGCGAACUCUGAAAAAACUGUUGCUCACAAAUUCAGAAUCGCAAAGAAAGCUCUUGGUAAUGCAGCUGGAGUUCUUAUGUAACUUUUAUUUUGCUUCUAUUCAUUUUCUGGUGCAGUGAGGAUUCAUAAAUGUUAGGAUCACUGUUUUUCCUGUUCUAGUAAAUAGUAAUUUAGUGAAAAGUUGUCCAAGAUAAUACAAAUAUUUUU